GUUCGACUAGCGAAGUGCCUCUUACUCACAAUUGGAUCCUCUUGAUUUGUUGACGCUCAGUCCGUAUAGUGAAGCGCCACUUACGACAAAUAUAACUGGGGUUGCAUCCUAGGGGUGGCUCGGCAGGUACGUAAGACCUGUGCCUCACCUUGACCUAUACUUACAAAAAAGAGGCAGAUAUAUCCUACCAAGUGCCCCGUAUAUUGAAAUAAACCAUCUCUGAAACCAAAACCAAAUUCCAUCUUAUAGUGAUUUAGUGCAACCAUGCCUCCUCCGCCAAAACCGAACGUGGGUAGCCCUAUAACGGCAUCUAGUUCGAGCCGAGGAGGGGAUAGAAGCGUUCGUCUACUACACGACCUCACAUCAAGAGCAUGGACGGUAUGAGAUUUCGUGCGAAUCGUGCCCCCUUCCCAUCAUAAUCUAACGUCAAGUAGAAUCAUAGAAUACUGUCAAAAGCAACAGACGAGUUGAAGCCAACUUGCGCUCAGAUUCUGGCAAUCAUUGGCGCUUUGCAUGUCAUCGAAGACCACAGAGAGAAAGGAGAGAUCUCGGCAGAAAAUAAAAAGACACUCGUUGAAAUUGGGAUCUGGCUUAACGGACUCUUUGGGGACCUGGAGGCUGAACUUGAUGAUCUUAAACAAGGGAAUAGCCAAGAUGGAUUCUCUCCAAUCGUGGAAAAGGAACUUGAUCCUAACGAUCAGCUGAAUGCAUUUAUUGCACUCAUUCGACGGUAUGUAGAAUCCUUGUUUUCUCUCCUUCUAUAUUUGCUCCCCUCCUUCGUCGACUACUCAAAGCAUUCGGUGAUAUCUCCGUGUCAUGGUUGACUCCAAAUCAAAUGGUGUGAUGUCGUUGGCCGCGGCGCAGGAUAACAUUACAUGAAGUAGCAUGUACGGACCUAUAUAUUAUGAGUUUCUUUACUGUAAUUUCGCUAUGUUCUCAGUUGAGGUGGCUUUCAUAUUCCACACGAAGUUCUGAUACUCUCUCAUGGAGCAAUUUAGUCCAUUAACAUGGCUAACAAUAUCGCCACCUCAGAGACCGACAGUAUAAAAUAUGGAAUGCUUUGGAAGAAAUUCACGGAAAUGAUUCUCCUGAAACGCAAACAUCAGUCGCAUCUGACUGGACUUUCUUGGAGCUGCAAAUGCACGGUCUAUCCAAAGAUAUUCUACAGGAAGAAUUCUUCUUCAUCAAUAUGUGGUUCAAAGAUCGAAAAGAAGAUCGCGAGAACGAACCUCAAGCCCCUCCUGCACCACCACCAGAUGAAGACCUUCCAGAUUAUGUCCCAGGAUCAGCAAAAGCAGUUGUCGAUGUAAAAGUACAGGAUCUUGAAGAAUCUACACAGUUCUUAUCGCUUGAAGACUCCUCCGAGGGACCUGCGGCACCCAAAGCAGAUCCACCACCAUACACUUUUGAUGGUGCAGGUGGAGAAGAUGUUAUUGAUGAUGCCGAAUUCACAAGCUAUAUACAAAAGGCGAUAGGGAUUGAAGAAAAUAUUAGGACGUUUCGAUCGCAGAAUAAGCCGGAGGAAAAGUCCGACCCUCUAGCAUGGCUCCCAAAAGAACACCGAGAUGCCUACCGAGGUCGAAAAGAUAUCUUCACCAUGAUGGAAAGUGAUUCUUUCACAGUCAUGGCAUACGAAACCGCACCAAGAUGCAAAGAAGCAGUCGAGAGAUUGACCAGUUUGUUCAGAACAUCUUUCAAGCAUAAAAGUACCGAACCCGGAUUGAAAGUGAUUUCCGAAGCCAUGGAAGCACUGAAAGUAAUAUCGGCUGCAUUGGAGAAGUUUACACUAUUGGAGAACCAAACUUCCGGUCACACUUUGCUAUCCAGUGUUGAAAGAUUUUCAGACAUAGAUCAGCUGGAAUUUGAAAUUAGCACACUUGAAACUGUUAAUCCUGGUUUGGAAUGGCCUAGUAGAGAGUUUUCCUUGGUUCAGAAGAGCUAUUAUCAACUCCUCACUUAUAUUAUGGGAUUUCUUGAGGCGUUGGCCAUAAAUUUUCCGGGGCGGACUUACAUCACUCGCCCGAGGGACAGUCUUGAGCGAUCAUGGGCAGAGAGUAUGAUGCCAUCUAGGGUUGCAUGGAUAGAAAAACAACUAACAGGGUGGAGCGAGGUCGACGAGGCUUUGUUUGCAUGUCGAGACUGGCAUCGUCUGCGACCCAACAUCCAAAGGGACGCCCUCGAAGUGUUGAAGCGAUGGGCGGAGUCCGAAGAAGUCCUCACAGGCAACGACAAGAAAGAUAUGAUUGAAUUUACAGUCGUUGCUGCUGCAAAUCUGCCAAAGUCAAGCUUUAGGAUCCCAAAGUGUAUUGCGAAAGUCGUUUACUAUGGUCCAAAUCGAGUUGGUGGCUCAGCUAGAGUCACUGAGUUUAAAACAGAAGUUUCGCAAAAAACAAACAAUCCUAUCUGGAACAAGACCUUCAAAGUACAGCUUGUGCCCCAGUCAAGAUUCAUUGAUGUCGAGAUUCAUGAUCGUAUGGCUGGUGCUGAUAAUAUGAUUGCUCGCACGAGGUGUAACUUCUCUCUCAUUCCAGGCGUUGAGGCGAAUUUCCUCCAGAAGAGCCUGCUUUAUGACUUUGAUGGUAAGAUUGGAGCCUAUGAUUGUUAUUGUAACUUGAGCUAAUGUUUGAGUAGAUGAUAUUGAGCUACCAAUGAAAGAAGUAGCUGGGAAAGGCAAAGGAACCGAUCCCGCUUUACUGAGACUGCAUGUGAAAUGGAAUGGCCGUUAUCGUAGACUUGAAGAAUUGGGUCUUCCGAUGGUUGCACCGGGGAAGAUGUUUCGGAAGGGCUCCACAGAAAUUCCGUUGUCGCUGGAGGAGAGGACUGCUUUAGCAUUGAAGAGUCCCGUCUCUUGAGGAAGUAUGCUUAGGCUUUUAUUUGUAGUUGAGAUGCGCUGUAUGGAUUUGCUGUGUUCAUAUUUGGGUCAAGCGGUUAAGAAUUAGGGAUAUUACUUGUGUUGAAAAGACCGCUUUGUAUGAUUCUAACGGCAAUUAGAAGAAACUCCAUAUAUCCAUUUUCAACGAUUCGAUUCUCCCUAGAAGUGGA